AUGGCUCCUAAUUAUGUGAUGAUGGUUGGUCUGACAACAUUAAUUUGCUUUUCACUAUGUUUUGGUGAUGAUGUUAUGUUACAUACACACAACAAUCUCAUGACCAAACCUAAUUGCGAUGAAAGUUGUGGAAAUGUCAGCAUCCCUUUACCAUUUGGUAUGACCCGAGAUUGCACACUACACGAUCAGUUCCUUGUCACUUGUAAUUACUCCUUUCCAAAUCCCCAGCCCUUUUUAGGAAACAGCGGCAUUGAAAUCACAAGCAUAUCUCUCUCUGGGCAACUUAAGGUCUUACAGUUCAUAUCCAGAGAUUGUUAUCGUGAUGGGAUAAGCACGAAUAGAACCAAGCCAAUGAUAGCUUUACCAUCAUUGUUAACUGUGAACAACACAGCGAAUAGCUUCAUUGCGGUUGGCUGUGACACGUAUGCCACUAUUCAUGGUCAUUAUACCAAGUUUGGAACUGAAUCGAGUAUCCCCCCUACAUAA